AUGUCGUUCGUCAAGCAAUCCGCACAGUCGAUGCGUUUGGUCCAAUCAACCUCCAAGUCAUUGCAUCAAAUUCGCAUGCCUCUUUCAGUGAAUUUGGCUCAAAAUCCAUCGCCAUCAUACUUAGCACAGCAGAAGAGAUCGAUAUUCAUUCAGACCGAAUCAACCCCUAAUGAAGAUUCACUGAAAUUUUUGCCAGGGCAAUCGGUCAUGUCAAACGGAACGGCAGAGUUUCUUGAUACUCGUUCUUCAAUGACUUCGCCUUUAGCAAAGACCUUGUUCGGAAUCAAAGGUGUAAAAGGUGUAUUUUAUGGACCAGAUUUUGUCACAGUGUCAAAAGAUAGUGAUUCUCAAUGGAACCUUUUGAAACCUGAAAUUUAUGCUUCAAUUAUGGAAUUCUUUUCUUCAGCACAAGAACUAUUUCCAGAUCCAAACAGUCAACAAGGUGCUUCUGAUACCGUCAUCUUGGAUACCGAUUCGGAAACUGUUGCAAUGAUUAAAGAACUUCUCGAAACUCGUGUUAGACCUGCGAUUCAGGAAGAUGGUGGUGAUAUCGAGUACCGCGGCUUCGGAGAAGAUACAGAUGGAAUCGUCAAAUUAAAGCUAAAGGGUUCAUGUCGUGGUUGCGAUUCUAGUACUGUAACGCUCAAAUCUGGAAUCGAGAGAAUGCUGAUGCACUAUAUCCCAGAAGUCAAGUCAGUCGAACAAGUUUUGGAUCCCGAAGAAGAGGUUCAAUUGGCCGAAUUUGCGAAGUUGGAAGCAAGACUUGAAAAAGAAAGAAAACAGAGGGAUGCUGAACGUGAUCUGGGCUUCUCGCCUUGA